GAGAAGGUUGCCGUGGUUCCACAAAGUUUUCAUUCAUAUUUCGAUGGCCGGAUCCAUAACGAAAUGGAAAGAAGAAGGAAAAAAAAAUUGUGCGGUUUACUGCUUGAGUUAACAUCAAUGUAUUUAUGCCAUAAUCACACGAGCAAACAUUUAUUUUAUGCCGUUCAUCGCGCGUUCACCAAUUUAUGGUAUUUUGAUUCUCUACAUUGAUCGAUUAGAUUCUUUCAUUCGGUGACAACACAUCAUCUGAUACAUUUACAGACUUCAGCAGCAGCAGCCACCACAGUACGAAUAAAAAAAAACCGUCCUGCAUAAAUAUGAAGAGCGAAAAAAAAGUUGUUUCAUGUCUCGCAAAUAAAUAUUUCAUGUUAUGCUAUUAUGACGGCUAAUAAAGACGAAGCGAAUGAGCGAGAGAGAAAAAACCUCGAGCGGAAAAAUGUCGAGAAGGAAAAUUGCGUUGAAAAUCAUAAAUGGUAAGCUCAGCAGAAAAUUGCUCUUUUCACAAGGGAGACAGACGUUGUGCAGCCUCUCGACACUUAGAAAAAGUGUGAUUCUUUUUUUUUCGAUUCGCUGAAAAUGUGGCAAUUUUCCAAACACGUGAUAACGUCAUUUAGAAUUAUCGCGCUUCAAUUACACUUCAUUUUUUUCAUGUUAAGUGUAACAAUUUGAUGCUUGACAAGCGGAGGACUGACGCUUUAAAGGCCAAAAGAUAUAGCGAAAUUAGGUAUUUAUAGCGUUUUUCUGUGACGAAAGAAAAAAACGAAUCAAAGAAAUGACAAACUAAUUUUCUUGUUCGAUUUGUUGAAAAAUUCAAGGAAAUCUUUUUAUGUGGAAGAAAUGAGAAUUGUGACCCCAAUCGAUGUAUAUAUCAUAUUGUGUGUACAAACGUAUAAUCGUUCGAUCAAAUCGAUAUAGUUACCCUCAGUAUUCAGUCACAAAUGGGUCGAUAUUUCAACCGUUCUGCAGCCGAGAGUCGAUUCCAAGUAAAUCGCUUAUUGAAUUUUCAUUUUAAUGUUGCAUGCAAAAUGUUUACUUACUAUUUUCUAUUGGAUGUUUCUCUCUGUGUCUCUCUGUAUUAAACUGGAAGCAAUCUAAAAGCCCAAUAAAAACCGACACAAAAACAACAAAGAGAGCAGCCAUCAGUAGCAGCAGCAGCAGAAAAAAAAACACACAUCGAGUAAAAUAGCAUCUCAAAACGGGCACAUAAUGGUGAGAGACGAGCAAGCAAGCAGGAGGAAGUUGAGAAAACGGAUGGCUUGAUACGCAUAUUAUCCAAAUGCAUAGAAUUUUUCCACAUAAAACAACCAUUUCCUUUUCCAUUAAAUGGAAUAUCAACCGAGUCUCUGAAUAGAUGAAAAUACUGUAAAAAUGGCCUUUUAUAUACAUAAGACGUGGCGUAAUUUCUUCCUCUCGUACGUUUGUCUCCCAUCCACUUGCACUGAAUACAUAUCAUAAAAAACGGCCAAUACAAUGUGUGUUGGUAGUUGGGGUACAUUCUGAUGGAUUUCGACGUUACUUUUUCUCUUCUCUCCUUCAAUCGAUGAUGAAAAUUUAAUAAAAUGAUACUAAAGAAAAGAACAAACGAAACGACAAACGAUGAAGAAGAAAAAAAACUACAAAGUGUAGAACUCAGCCAAAACUAGCUAACCAUCACUUAUCUGGUUUUAGAUAUUCGAAGGCAAUUCACAUUAUAAGUUCCAUAAGUACAAGGCUUGAUGCAACGAUCAAACGCGUUCGCAUCAAUUCGUUUGGUUAUGCGUUAAUUUUGCUUUAGUAUGCAGUGCGCGUCGUUUCAAUCGGCUAUCUCUGUCUUUUGCUCUCCCAAAACCGUGUUAUAUAUCGUUCGGCGCUCGCGUUCAUCAGUACAUAGAACGAAUGGAGGGAAUGAAAUCACGCAAACACCCAUUCUACGACCAAACAAAUACCUCAUUGAGUAAAAUGAAUGCCAGAGUACAUAGACACUAAUAAAUAUACGAUGCCCUGGAGGCGGAGCCCAUUUUCCACUUGUAUAUUUGCUUUGCCGCAAUGUUCUUGAGGCAACCAAAGCAAACGAACACGUUACGCAUAUACAUGCGUAAAUGGCCCUCAAUGCACACACUCACGGUUUCGAUGAGACGGAGACCAAAAAGCAAACGAACCAACAAACGGGGAAUGAGGCAGAAUCAACGAGUAUAUGUUGAGGCCUCACUACUACUUCUAUGCAUCAAUCGGCUGCAUAUAUCCGAACGAUAUAAUAUACACAUACACACAUCGUUUAUUCCAUCGUUCGUCAUUCGUAGCACUCGUUCGGUUCUCGAGAUCGUUGUUUCGUCAGUACACAUUUAGAACUGGUUGGGUGAUGUUAUAGCGCAUUUUAUUCGCCUAAAAUUCACAACAACAACAAACUAAACCAUUUCAUUUCACACGAUUCAAAGUCUUUGUUACAUUUAUUAUUAUUACUAUUCGACGACAUAAACUAUUUUGGUGUAUUGUGCGCGUUUCGUUUUUUGUUUUUCUUCUGCUCAUACAUUUGAUCGAGUCAAUUAUUUGCUUUUGUUUCGUUCAUAAACAUUUAUUGAAGUGCAAGUUUUUGUACAAUUGAACAAUGACAGUGUGUGGAAAAUCGAAUGAAAAUAGCAACAUGAAUGCACAAAGUCGCAAUUUAGUUGCUAAUCGACCGAGUUUUAUGAUUACUGACAUUUUAUCGAAGGCUGCCGUUGAAAAAGCGCCGACAACACAAAACUCCGAAUAUCUACAACAUCUUGAACGUUUUUCGGCGAUGAAUCAUCAUGGUUUCGGCAUGAUGAUCCCCGGACAAAUGCCAACCGCUGAACGCAAAGACACAUUUUGUGACAGUGACGAUGAUGAUUUACAUGGAUCAGACGAUGCUGAUGGCCAAAGCACCGAUGGAAGCAAUCAUGGUAAAGAUGAUGACCUAAACGAGUCAAACCGUAGUGGUUCAUUGCCAUCGGAUCGAAUGUCCAAUAAGAAACAACGCAAGGCUCGCACUGCUUUCACUGACCAUCAAUUGCACAGCUUGGAAAAGUGUUUCAGUCGUCAGAAGUAUUUGAGUGUACAGGAUCGUAUGGAGUUGGCCAAUAAAUUGGGUAUCAGCGACACACAAGUGAAAACAUGGUUCCAAAAUCGACGAACGAAAUGGAAGCGUCAAACGUCCGUUGGUUUGGAAUUGUUUGUUGAAGCUGGCAAUUAUGCGGCAUAUCAGCGUGCCUAUGCAGCACGGUAUGGUCAAAUGGAGGGAUUGCCAUCGUAUGCGACCAAUCCAUUAAUGAUGGCAGGUGCUGGUCAUCCGAUCGGAAUGCCGCCAUCGAAUCUGUCAUCCGUUGAGAGUUACUAUCAGCAAAUUCUACAGAAUGGAAUGAAUGGAAUUGCAUCACAACAUGCAAGCAUGUUUGGAGCUCCACAUCGCCCAUUGGCAAUGGUGCCACAAAUGCCUGGGGCUGGCUUUCUACCCUUAAGUCCACCGAACAGUCUGUAUCCAACAUCACGGCUGCCAAGCACUUCACCGCCACAACGGCUUAGUCCAGAACAACCGAGACCACAUAGCUUGAGUCCAGCCGCCUCGAGUCUGCCAUCACAUUCACCGAAAACAUCACAGCCAUGGCCAACAAAACAACCAUCCACACACAAUGCAUCAGGCGAUGAAUCUGAUAUCGAAGUAUAGAUUAAUUUAGCGAUGAUCUUUGAGACUAUUCGUAAGAGAAAAAAUGAAACGGUAUUUAAAAUGUUUUUGGCAAAUAAUAAUAUAAAAAAAGCAGAAAAAAAACCCUUUAGACAUUAAGAUUUAAUCGAUAUAACCAUAAUUAUUUUGUAUGUAUUUCGAAUUUAUCGUUAUUAUUUUUAUAGAGCAUAAAUAAUCCGUGUAAUAUUUAAGAUCCACUUUUGAAAAACAACGACAUUAAAAA